CCGGGGCGGGCCGCAGGCGGAGACCCGCCGGCACCAGCGGGGCUGGCAGCAGCGCGGCGCCGGUAGCGAAGCCGCCCCAGACCGGAGCCAGGGGUCCCGGCCCCGACAGCCCGGCAGAUCAUCCAGAAGACACAAUGAGUUUGAAGGCCUUCAAGCUCGUUCCUGCUGUUGAGCGGGAGAUGCUAAUGGGAGACAAAGCUCGAAUCAAUGUUGAAUGCAUUGAGUGUUGUGGGAAAAACCUCUAUAUUGGAACCAAUGAAUGCUUUGUCUAUCACUUCCUACUGGAAGAGAAGAUAUCAUCAGCUGGAAAAAUAACUUUUGCUGCCACCAAACAACUGCAUAAAUACUUGGGCUUCAAGAAAGCAGUCAGUGAGCUGAAAGCAGCUUCAGCACUCAACAGGCUACUGGUGCUUUGUGACAACACAAUAACAUUAGUUAACAUGAUGAACCUGGAACCUAUCCCCACUGGAGCUAGAAUCAAGGGAGCUGUGACAUUCACAUUAAAUGAAAACCCUAUGAGUGGGGACCCUUUUUGUGUAGAAGUUUGCAUUAUCUCAGUGAAACGGCGGACCAUCCAGAUGUUCAUGGUAUAUGAGGAUAGAGUCCAGAUAGUAAAGGAAGUGUCGACUCCGGAGCAACCCUGUGCCGUGGCUGUAGAUGGUCAUUACUUGUGCCUUGCUCUCACUACACAAUAUAUCAUAUUGAAUUAUAAUACUGGCAUCUCCCAGGAUCUGUUCCCUUAUUGCAGUGAUGAGAAACGGCCAAUUGUGAAAAGGAUAGGCAGACAGGAGUUUCUGCUGGCUGGACCUGGAGGGUUAGGUAUGUUUGCAACUGUGGAUGGCAUUUCCCAGCGUGCUCCUGUGCACUGGUCAGAGAAUGUGAUUGGAGCAGCCCUGUGUUUUCCUUAUGUAGUUGCUCUUGACAAUGAGUUUAUUACAGUGCAUAGCAUGCUGGAUCAACAACUAAAACAGACCCUACCUUUUAAGGAAGGCCACAUCCUACAAGACUUUGAAGGAAAGGUAAUUGUAGCUACCAAUAAAGGUGUGUACAUCUUGGUGCCAUUACCUCUAGAAAGACAGAUUCAGGAUCUUCUAACCAGCCACAGAGUGGAAGAAGCCCUAGUCUUAGCAAAGGCAGCCCGAAGAAACAUUCCAAAAGAGAAAUUUCAGGUAAUGUACAAACGAAUCUUGCAGCAAGCAGGUUUUAUACACUUUGCACAGCUUCAGUUCCUAGAAGCAAAAGAACUCUUCAGAAGCGGCCAGCUGGAUGUCCGGGAGCUGAUCUCUCUUUACCCCUUCCUGUUGCCUACUUCCUCUUCAUUCAUACGAUCUCAUCCGCCUCUUCACGAGUAUGCUGAUUUAAACCAGCUGACCCAAGGGGACCAGGAGAAGAUGACUAAGUGCAAACGAUUCCUCAUGAGUUAUUUGAAUGAAGUCCGCAGCACUGAAGUUGCAAAUGGCUACAAGGAAGACAUUGAUACAGCUUUGCUCAAGCUGUAUGCAGAGGCUAAUCAUGAAAGCCUUCUGGAUCUACUGGUCUCGGAGAAUUUCUGUCUUCUAACAGACAGUGCUGCCUGGCUGGAGAAACACAAAAAGUAUUUUGCACUUGGACUCCUGUAUCACUACAAUGGUCAAGAUGCUGCAGCACUUCAGUUCUGGGUGAAAAUAGUUAAUGGAGACGUUCAAGAUUCUACACGUUCGGACCUCUAUGAAUAUAUAGUAGACUUCCUUACCUUCUGCUCAGACCAAGAACUAGUGUGGAAGUAUGCUGAAUGGGUUUUACAGAAAAGUGAGGAGGUUGGAGUACAGAUUUUUACGAAAAGGCCUUUGGAAGAUCAGAUUUUUACGAAAAGGCCUUUGGAAGACCAGGGGAAAAACAGCUUUAAUCCAGAUAACGUCAUGAACUGCCUUAACAAAUACCCCAAGUCACUUGUUAAAUAUCUGGAGUACCUAGUCUUGGAUAGAAAAAUAGAGAAGGAAAAGUAUCAUACCCACUUAGCUGUGUUGUAUUUGGAGGCAGUGCUGCAACUAAAAUCUGUGACCACAGACAAUUGUGCAGAAUUGACUGAAACACAGACUAAGCUACGCAGUCUUCUUCAGAAAUCUGACUUUUAUAGAAUUCAUUUCAUUUUAGAUAAAAUCAAGGGGACAGAUCUUCAUAUGGAAAGGGCAAUACUGUAUGGGAAAUUGGAAGAACAUGACAAAGCUUUACAUAUCCUAGUCCAUGAAUUAAAGGACUUUUCUGCUGCUGAAGAUUACUGCAUAUGGAGCUCUGAGAGUAAAGAUCUACCAUACAGGCAAAGGCUUUUCCAUAUGUUGCUCUUGGUUUAUCUAAAUCCAGGCUCUUCGGACUGUGAACUGGUCAUGGCUGCUGUAGAUCUCUUGAAUAAUCAUGCUGCUGAAUUUGAUGCAGCCCGUGUCUUACAGCUUGUGCCUGACAGCUGGUCAGUACAGCUCCUCUCCCCAUUCCUGACCAGAGCAAUGAGGGAAAGCAUUCAUACAAAAAGAAUGACUCAAAUUACACUUGGGUUAGAAAAAGCUGAAAACUUAAUCUAUAAACAUGACAAGGUUAAACUAAAAGGAAGCCCAAUUAUUCUUUCGGACAAAAAGCUCUGCCAGGUGUGCCAAAGUCCUUUCUGUGAGCCUGCAUUCGUGAGAUACCCAAAUGGUGGUAUGGUUCACACCCAUUGUGCUGCAAAGAGACUCAUGAAUCCGAACAUGACCAAUCACAGUCAAACUUGAAAUAUGUUCCAGGUUGCACUAGUUUCCAUGACUUACUUCUUGGAAAGCGUGCUGGAUAAAGAACCAAGUGCAGCUACUUUAACAAUAAAUCAAGAUGAAGAGAUUAUCCUGGGGCUAAUGGGAAGAUUUCAAUAAAUGUGAAAUAUGGCCACUUAUCUGCUGAUCUUUAUGAAUGUAGACAGCAAAGAAAAUAUUAACCAUCAGAAAUAGAGACACGCAAGAGUAGGCUCUUCUGUGUAUAGUAAUAAAAAAAUCAACCUUCUGAAAGAAAAUAAGCCUUUUCUUCACAGAAAGGAUGAAUACGGGGCAGACUAAUGUUUUUUAAGGAAACUUAAAUUUGCACUGAAUGUGUUGCUUAUAAACAUGGUGUGGCGGGGAGAGACCCUUUUAUUCAGGAGUCGGAUAUUGUCUGUCUCUAGAAUGCUUUAUGAAGAGACUAUACAGUGUUCUAGCCAUGUAGAGAAGAGACUGGCAUGAUGCAGCUUAUUCUCAAGAAAAAAAUGCAUAUCGAUUGUUAGCUGCAGCAUGUCCUCAUUUCUGCUGAAAUCUGUUCCACAGGAUCACAUUAUGAACUUGUUCUGUGCGCUACAAAUUGUUGGCUUUUGAUGCACUUUUUGUCUCCCCCGGCCCACCCCGCCGCCACGUUCUGCUGUAUUGUUGUCAUAAAACAAAUUUAAGUACUGUCCUGUUGCUAGUUUCUACUGUUUUGCUGUGUCUAAAGUAAUAAACUCAGUGGAAACUGAUGAACUCAUACAGUCACACAUCUGUAUUUGAAAAACCCAGUCAUAAUGAAGCUGUCUGAUACAGUCUAGUUAGACCCUAGUCACUUUUUUGUUGGGGAAAGAGGCUUCAAUAAUUUUUAAUAUGGACUUAUUUAUUAAUAUGCAAAUAUACUGUAAAUACAGUUGAAUAAAUUGGUUUUAUUAUUGAAUGUUCUUGGAGGAUAAACAUGUAACCAAUGAUCUCAAGAGUAUGGGUUACAUUAUAAAUGUCUGCUGUAAUAUAACUUUGACAGCAAGCAGAGACUUCAGUGGGACUCCUUGCAAUAGUAAGGGUCAGUGCUUUGGGAUCCCUGUGUGAGAUCUAGGAUCUAGAUGGAAAGGGGAGGAGAGGUCAUAAAGAAAUCAGUAAUGACACCCCCAGGUGCUAGUGAAUUUGGUAUGAUUUAGUAAAUGCUCUAUAAAUUCUGAAGUGUUCUGUUUAAGAGACAAGAUGGGUGAGGCAACAUCUUUUAUUGGAUCAACUUCUGUCAAUGAGAGAGACAAGCGUUCGAGCCUCCACAGAGCUCUUCUUCAGCUAAUGCUUUUUCUAUAAUAAUUUUAAAAAUAACAUUUACUGAUCCUGUGAACUCUUCAAGAUACUGUUUAACCAAAUUUUGUAAGGAGCCUGAGAGUUGAAGGAGGCAACUUCACUAAACAUAAGAGGAUUAUGUAUAAACAUAUUUUUAAAACUUUAAGCCAAAGAAGAAAUCAAGCUGUAAUCAGUAUAAUAGAUUCUUGAAUGAUACAUGGUUGAAAUAGUUGGUAUGACUCCUCUAAAUUUUCAGAUUGAGUCAGUUGAGAUUUUCAGCACAAAGUGUAUCUGCACAAUAUCUAGGGCCCUACCAAAUUCACAACCAUGAAAAUGUCACCAAUCGUGAAAUCUAUUCUCCGACCAUGAAAUUUGGUCUUUUGUGUGCUUUCACUCUAUACUAUACAGAUUUCACGGAGAAGACCAGUGUUUCUCAAACUUUGGGUCCUGACCCAAAAGGGAAUUACAGAGGGGUCACAAGGUUAUUUUAAGGGGGUCGCAGUAUUGCCACCCUUACUUCUGCGCUGCCUUCAGCGCUGGGUGACUGGAGAGCGGUGACGGUUGGCUGGGCGCCCAGCUCUGAAGGCCACGCCCCACCAGCAGCAGCGCAGAAGUAAUGGUGGCAAUACCAUACCAUGCCAUCCUUACUCUGUGUUGGUACUGGCAGUGGCUCUGUCUUCAGAGCUGGGCUCCUGGCCAGCAGCCGCUGCUCUCCAGCUGCCCACCUCUGAAGGCAGCUGCCGCCAGCAGCAGUGCAAAAGUAAGGGUAGCAGUACCGCAACCCAGACAAAACUACUUUUUGAAUGGGGUAUCAUAAAUCAAUAUGGUCAACACAGAUAAAUUACCAACCUCUGAACUUAUUUUAUUAAUGUAGACAAAAUAUUGUUGAAAAAAAUAAUAAAACCAAAAUCAUGUAACUCAAGGAGUACUGAUGUGAGGAAAUCACAACCAGUGUUAUCUUCUAUAAAGAUUUGAAUAUAGAUGGUUUUUGAUGUGGGCAAUAGCAUGGAAUUUGUAUAUCCUAUUGGGAAACAGGCAUUAUAUAAAAAUAUCACCCACACUACACUAAUUUUGUUUUCAUAAAGAUGUUUUACCAAAUAAAAGAAAAUAUAUAUUUUUUUAAAGUAAGGUUACUAUCAAGACAGAAUGUGAAAUCCAGAUGUUUCACACUCCGUUUCAAGAAGUGGGGACUUAGCCAGGUAUUAUAAGGGCAAAUUCGUGGUAAAACACCUUAACUAAGUUUACAUGUGAAUAAGACCAAAUAUUAGUUUUUCUGUUAACAUAGUUAAUGUUAUCUAAACAUAACCUGUAAUUCAUCUCAAACAAAUUCAAAUCCAGCUAUAGCACACAUGCAAGGCAAUGUUAAAAGGUAUACAAAAAUGGAUAGCGUAGAAUAACCUAAUCUAACCUGAACUGGAAGGAUAAUGGGCAAAAAAGAGGCUUAAGUUUUUAACUCAAGUGUAGUCUUGGGGGAGGGGAGGGAAGGGGGAAGAGAAACAAUAUAUUGCUGCUGGAAUUUCAACUUCUAUAUCACUUACUGCUUUCAGUAUAUUAACUACAGCUGUGCAUAUUUUGAAUACAAUUCUAAAAUUUAGAGAAACACUUUUAUUUGACAGGAAGCCUGUUGGCAAAAUUAAGCAGUAUAAAUUAAUUUGUCUCAGAACAACUCAGUUAUGUGCAAAAAAUAAAUUAGCAGGUUUGUGGAACUACUGCCUCUGGCACAAAGACCAUAAUUAAACUUCUAAUUCUAGAUCAAUUUGCAAGGUAUUUGUUUCAAAACCUCUUCAGUUACAGCAUCAUAUUCUGCAACUUUUCCAUAUCUGCUAUUGUCAUCCACUUUGCGACUUUACCUCCAAUUAAAUUCAAAUUUUGUAGAAAUCAGUACAUUAAUGCAGCACCACUAAACUGUGUAUAACCUAUGUUUGGAAAUUUGCUAAAAUUUCCAAUGAAAGUGAUCCAAAGAUAAAUCCAGGUUCCACAGAGGACAGUGACAGAACAUGGCUGACUAAGAUCUUUAAUGACUCUGCUUAAAGAGCGACUUUCCCUGGAGAAGUUUUGGAGUAAUCUGGGAAGGUUGAAAACGCUUUAUCAUUGACUGUCUGCCUCGCUGGCCACCCUUUUAAGAUCUUUGAAGCAAAAUGUCAGAGAGAAACUAGCAAGAGUGGAUUUAAAAAAAAAAACCCUGCAGAAAGAUGCUAACCCACGUGUGUGUGCCCCUCUCCAUGACUAAUCUUUCUCUCAUUAAAAGAACAGGAGUACUUGUGGCACCUUAGAGACUAACAAAUUUAUUAGCGCAUAAGCUUUCGUGGGCUACAGCCCACUUCUUCUUCCUUUCUCUCAUUGUUUCUGCCUUUUACCUCUGUUUUUAACCCUGUCUAAUAUCAAUAGCAGCAGCAGUGAUUUCAGCAUGGAGUGCCUCCUGCUAACCAUAUAUAUUCAGGGCAGGUUGGAACUUCUCUGUUUUAGCUAGUAACACUUUCUAUCAUAAAGAACAUGUUGGGUCUUUGUUUACUGCCUUUGGGAGGGAUUCAGUAGAGAUAGUUGGUGUCAGCAGCCCUGCUGACAACUUAGAUAAGAAAUGACACCAGCUAUGACUUGUAAGUCCCAUUUUUCUGGUUUAUUUUUGCCUUUGAGACACUAUUCCGUCAGUGUGCGUGCUUUCACAUCAGCUGUCUUGCAGGCUCUCUGCCACUGUUCUAGCAAUUUAUUCAAUCAUUGCUGGUUCUGAAGUCAGUUCAAAACACUUCUGUCAGCAAGAGCAAGCCUCUCUAGUAUAUUACAUCUUUAAGCUUCCCAAUCAGCAUAGAAUAUAAAACACAGCAUUGUAACAAUGAUACUGUUCAGCACUGCUACAGGAGUUGAAUCUUCUUUCCAUCCUGUGUUGUCCCAACAAUUUCAGAUUCGUAUGAUAGCUGUUAUCAACAUGAAACAAACUUCUCUGGUUGAGUUUCCUUUUUGCUUCCGCACCCAGCUCAUAGCUUUCUGUACCGCUUCUAACGUAACUCAAAUUGCAUAGCUGAGAUAGCCUUUUCCCUCUAGUAUAAACCUGCCCUGAAUGUUGGCCUAGAAUUUCAGGUAACUCUCUAUUAGGGAGGCUCUCCUUUAGUCACCUACUUUAGCUAAUGUGUCCACAUUUGUCCUGGUUAGAAAGGAUAACUUUUCUCUGCUUCCCCCCCAAAAAACCUGAUGGCGUUGUCUUAUCCUGAUUUACUGUCUGCUUUCCUCCCUGUCUGAAGCAAAAAGGAGGGGGAAAAUAAUUGAUAAAACAAAAACAGCACUUCAGAAUCCAGUGUUCUGCUCAAAUUAGAACUAGAAACAGCAGUGAACAGUCCAAAUUAUGCCUGUAAAGGAUUUCAGUCCAUUGUCCUCCUUAAUCUGUCAAUAAAUUGUCACACAAAUUGACUGUACUACAAGAAUAUUCUUGAUAAAUUCCAUAUCCAUGUGUUUGAGACCGUUACUUUUUAUGUACUGUACAUAAAGUUUAUGAUAUGAGAUUUUUAUGCUCA